AUUUCGGAUGGGUUAUCGCGCUCCAUUUAUAUUAUCCAUCAUUAUGUCACAAGUUUUUUGUUAAUGAAAUUAUGGGGAAAAAUAAAUGUUAAAUAACACAAACCACCCUUUAUAUGGAAAUUACUCAAGACAACAUAACCCGCCUCCCUGACGAAGACAAGAAGUGAUUGCUCCUAAAAGAAAAGAAAAAUUUAAUAAUUAACAGUCGCUGCCACCUCCACCCCCUCCCCUUUACCACUACAUCCCUUGUACUCCAACCAUCGAUCUAUCCAUCCACCUAGUCAGACAGUCAGUUAGUCAAUCUUCAUUUCACCAAUGAAUAAGGCUUGUUUAUCUAAUAGAUAUAAACAGAAAAUAAUAAAACAAGCUUUAAAUGCUAAUUUCAUAUUACUCUAUCAACCAGCACCGAAUUCCUUCAUUAUUAUACAAAAAACGGAUCACAUUCCUGGGGAUCAUGAGAUAAAAGAAGCUGAUCAAGAAAAAAUAGUGGAACCGACUACUACAACAGCAUCGUCUUUGAUCAAUCAUUGUUCUUGUAAUCUGCAUGAAUUACAAUCAACAUUAAAACAUAACUGUCGUCAACAUCGACGAGAACCACAACAACAACAGCAGCAGCAGGGUGUUGGUGUACGUCAACGUUAUCGUGUUGUUAUUGGACCACAAAUAUGUAAUUGUCAAAAUGAACUGAUGCCUGAAUCAGGAUUAAUGACGACGACCACGACGAUGGCGAUGAAAGAACCAUGUAUUCAUUUAUUAUUUGUUAUGCUGCAUAUUCUUAAAAUACCUAGUGAUGAUAUACACUUAAUGGUAAUACCAUUGCCAAGUUCUAAAGCUGAAUUUUGGAUUGAAAACUAUCGAAAUUAUCGUCAAUCAAUUCGACAAUCUUAUACAAAAAAUAAAAAGCAUUCAUCAACGUCACUAUCAACGACAUCCUCAUCAUCGAAUACUGCAAAAAGUAAUGAAAAUUCACCAGAAUUAUCUAAAUUCUCAGAGAAAUUAUUAUUAUUAAAUAAUAGUAAUAAUAAUAAUAAUGAAUUUGUAUCCAAUACACGUUUAAUUAUUCCUCAGCCUAUUCGUCAUGAACAAAGUCAACAUCAACACCACCACCCGCAACAACAACAACAACAGGCCAACAAUUUAUCUCAUUUACGCACUAUUAUCCAUCCAAAUACUUUUGAUUCUACAGAAUUAUCCUCAAUUACACAAGAUAUUAUCCCGGUGUCUAGAAGAGAAAUAGAAAGCUCUACUGGUAGUGGGGGUGGUGCUAGUGGUGGUAGCUGCAGUACAUGUUGUGAUCCAAGUACUUCAUAUAAUACAACAGUAACUUCAAGAACUAGUUCUAUUGAUAGUAUAGAAAGUUGUAGAUUGGAUUCAUCCAAUAGCCGAUUGAAUGACUUUCAUCAUCCCCUUCCUCCUCCUCCGCAUCACCAUCAAUAUCAUCACCGUCCUCACCUUCCACACCAUCAUCAUAACCAUCAUGACCAUCGUCAGCAUCAAAAUCAUCAAAUGAAAACAGCCACUUCUAUAAAUUCAGAUAGAAUUUUAUCCUGUCGACGACCACGUACUGCACCACAACCUGAACUACCACCGAGAUUAGGUCGUACAAGAACCAAAUUUGUCAGGCAUUCAGCUUCCUCGACAACAUUUUGUCCACUACGUGAUUGUAGUCCUAUGAUACUACGUGAAGGCUGUUUAACCCCGAUUGAAUCAGAAGAGAAUAGUACAAAUAACAGUUUAAAGCAUAGAACAACAACUACUACUAACAAUAAUAAUAUCAGUAGUAUAAUCACCUACACAGAUAAUUAUGAUAAAUUACAAGAACCAUUAACUAAUACAAUGUCUAUUAACGUCAAUAAAUUCAAUCAAUCCCUAUCAUUAUCAUCCCCAGCAGCAGGAUCAUCAUCAUCACCUUCAUCAGCAUCAGGAACAACAACAACAAUGGAAUUAAUUUCUAAUUCAACGUCAAAAUCAAAUUUUACACAUGCUAGACGUUCAUCAUUUAAACCAAUUACUUCAGUAAAACAAAAAGCUUCUUCAACAUUGAUCAAUAAUAACAGUCAAGCACCAUUAGCUAUGAGUAAUACUAAUACUACUAAUAAUAAUAAUGUUAAUGUUAAUGGAAAUAUGAAUAAUCCUAAGCCAUAUAUUCCCUCAACUGUUCAACAAACAAAUACAAUUAAUAGUAAUAAUAGUAAUAUAUCAACAGCAAAUGAAACUGCAACUACCAAUGCUACUACUACUACCAUGACAACGACUCGAAUAUGUACUUUAUGCUUACGUGAAUGUCAUAAUAACAGUAAUAAUAAUAAUAAUAAUAACAUUGUGAUAAAUGAUUCUAUAUUAGUUUGUGAAUCACUUCUUUCAGAUUACGAAGAUGAUGAAAAUAAUAAUAAUAAUAAUAAUAAUAAUAAUAAUAAUAAUAAUAAUAACAGUGCAAAUGGAGAUAAAUUAAUCUGUGGAGCAAUAUUUCAUACAAGCUGUUGCAAAAUCUACAGAUAUAUUAUAUAUGUUGUUUCUCUAUUACAUCAUUUAAAAGAAAAAAUUUUAAACUUAACAAAAUUUCAUCUUCAAUCUAAAAAUUAUUAUUCUUAUACUAAUUGA